UUCGUUCUUAACCAUUGGCCUAUCACGUUGGUCGCUGGCAGCAUCUCGCUGCAGUGCGUUUUUUGGUUGCCGGUGGUCGGAUCUGGUCUGCUCUGAACUGAUCCAUAGCGCGGAUAUAUACUCUGGCGCGGAUGUGAGUGAUCUGUGUGGUGGCCGCGGUGGUCGGAUCGGAACUUUACACAGUGGCUUGAUAGUUCUAGGUCAGGAUUUUGCUGUGGAACUGUGAUUGUAAGUGUAUAAAUUGUUGUGCAUGUAUUGAUAGUAUUUUGCGAGUGAAACAGGUUCUACAGUUGAUCAUCGUAAGAAGAAGUUCGGUAAGCCCUGGUUGGUCCGGUCCACCGGGGGGCUCCCUUCACACCCGUCACCUGUUGCUUGAGAAGAUAAAAUAACCAG